AUGGCAGCUGCUCCAUCGCUCGCGUCCUCGCACAUUCUCCUAUUUAACUCGCGCUCUUCCGCGGCGGCUCUCGUUCCUACCUUUAACCCCUAUCAUCCUUCUCAGUGCUUUCUCUCCAUCCCCCUGGCCUCGCCUCUCUCUUCGUAUUUACUCCCCGCUCACUCCCUUCCUGCUGCUCGUUCUAGACUACACUUCGGAAUCCCUGAAUUUUCCGCCGACCGCCUUCGUGGAAUUUGCUUCCGCGUCCGCGGCGGCGGCGGCGCCUCGGCAUUCCGACGUGGCAUUCACGUGUCCCCACACGGAGUUUCAUUGGCUGCGGUCGGCGUGCCGGCCGCGCAUCUAGGUCUCCGCGUUUCGCGCGGCGCUCGAAUAAACUGGCAGCGGGGAAGAGUUAGGCGAGAGUGCAGAGGCCGCGCAAACGCAGCAGACUGCAGCGGGGAAAAUGGCGAGCGGGACACUACUGAGGGGAGGAAUCCUGACCCUUGGGGAAAUCCCCCGGAGGCAUACCCAGAGACCGCCGAAGCACCAACAGCAACAGCAGCAAGAGCGGAAGUGUUGACGUCUGGCGGAGGUGGCGGAGAUGGCGGAGAUGGUGGGAACUGGACGGAGGUUGCGGGUGUGGGUGCGCGGGUGAAGGCGGAGCAGGCGGAGGAGCACGAGGGGAGUGUGACAGAGUGGGGAGCAGACGAGGAGGCGGAAGAUGCGGAGGGAGAGGGGGGCUCAGAGGAGGAAAGUGAGGGGGAGUGGGAGGGGGAGGAGGGGGAGGACGGUGGGGAGAGGGAUGGGGAUGGGAAUGGGGAUGGGGGCAAGGAGGCGAUUCGGCGGGAGAGAAUCAGCGAGGCGAACAGAGGGCGCGUGCCGUGGAACAAGGGCAGGCGGUGGAGCGAUGGUGAGCGACACGAGGGGGGAGGGGAGAGGGGGAGAGGGGAAGCUGGCGGUCAAAAGGUGCGCGCGCGGAUAAGGGAGCGCACCAAGGUGGCCAUGAGCGACCCCAGCAUCCGCGCGCGCCUCAAGGAGCGCGGCCACCGCCAGAGGUGCGCACAGGGGGAGGUGGGGGAGGGGGAGGUGGGGGCAGGGGGAGGUGGGGGCAGGGGGAGGUGGGGUAAGGGGGGGGUGGGGGCAGGGGGAAAGAGGUGCAGGCAUAGGCAGAGAUACUACUCCUCCAAAUGCAGCUCCUUGUUGCUCACAGUUUGCAAGCAUCGCCUGCAGCUAUCGCUCCCCCACACCCACCGCUGCCUGCCUCUCAUGCACCCUCCUCUCUCACCUCUUCCCCUCCACACCUCCCCCACCCUCUUCUCUCCUCCCUCCCGCCCCCCACCCGUCCCCAUCCCACUGCAUUCACACACCUUUCUCCCAUCUCCUCUUUCCCCAACCUCUCCAUCUCCUCCCUCGUCUCCGCCCCCACCGCCCCAUUCCCCCCUUCCCCGGCCCCCCUCUCCCCCGUGCUCUCACUGCCCCCGCGCGCCUGCGCCCAGUGUGGAGACGCGCGCGCUGAUAGCAGCAAAGCUGCGCGCCAACUGGCAGCAGCGCCACGAGCACAUGGCGCUGGUAACCGCGCUGCGCCAGGAGUGGCAUGCGGAGCUGGCGCGCGCUGCAGCGGCGGGCGGCGCGGGCGAGAGAGCCCUGGUGCGGUGCCGCAACGGACGCGUGCUGUAUGCUGAUGACAUGGGGGCAGACGGGCGGAGGAGGAGGCGGUGGAGGGGAGGCGGACAAGAGGCGGACACGGAUGGGGAGGGGGACGGGGAUGGGGAGGGGAGGUGGGAAGGGGAUGGGGGGUUAGGAGGGCAGGGUGAGUUGGGUGGGGAUGGUGAGGGUGGGGAGAGGAGGAGGAGGAGGAGGAGGCAGCCUGAGAGGGUGGUUAGAGGAAAGCACAGUGAGGAGCACAGGAAGCGAAUCAGCGAAGCCAUCAAGGCCAAAUGGGCGGACCCUGAGUAUCGCAGUCGAGUGGCAUCGGCUGUUCGCCUGGCGAGGCCCAACAGCAGGAGCAGUGGCGACAGCACAAGUGGAUCCGAGAGCAAGAGCAAGAGGGCAGAGAGGCGACGAGCCACAGGCGGGGAGGGAGGAAGGCCACGCAGCAGCAGCAGGAGGAGGGGCAAGCAGGCAGCAGGGGAAGGCUCUGCUUUGCUGGGCGAUGCCAGUCCAGAGGGCACCCCUGAAGGUGCUCCUGGUAGUGGUGAUGCUGCUGAUUCCAGUGACGCUAGUUCAGCAAGACAAAGCAAGAGCGACGCAGCAAAGGCAGCAAAGGCGGCGGCCGCGGCAGAGGUGGUGGUGAUUCCAAACCCAGAUGAGGCAUUUGUUGAGCUGGUGAUGGCUGCCGAGGCUUCAGAGGAGCAGCGCGGUGGGUCUUCACAGGGGGAGGCAGGUAGUGAGGAGCAAGGGCAGGAGGGGGAUGUGGAGGGAGGAGGGAGAGGAGCGGAGGGCGAGGAGGGGGAGCGGUGGGAGGGAGGGUCGGGGGGAGUGGUGACGCCGUUUAAGCGGGUUGUGAUUGUGUCGCAGAGAGGAGGGGCGGAGAAGCGUGGGAUUGGGCUGAAGAAGAGGGGCACAUGGAGGGGUGCAGAGGGGCGAGCAGGUGUAAACAGGGAGAUGCCGUGGCAGGAGGUGCUGAGGGAAGGGGAGAAGGACGGUGGAGGGGGGACCAGCGAUGAUGGGGGUGGCGGUGGCGAUGGUGGUGAGAAUGGGGUAUUGGGUGGGGUCAAUGGGAGUAGCAGCACGGACGGCAGAAGCAGCAGCAGCAGGAGCAGUGGAGUGGGAGAUGGUAGUGGUGAGACGGACGAAACAGGCGUGUGGGACGACAGGGGUACUUCUGCUUCUGCAUCUGCGUCUGUGCCUGCAUUGGAUGCUCAGCAGAGCAUGACCCGGCACAUGGUGGCACGCAGGCGAAAGCAACUGGCAGAGAGAGCACGGGUGCUGAUGGCGGAGGCGGAGCAGGCAGCGCAGGCGCUGGCGGCGGUGGCGGGGAGGGACAACCGUGCCAUGGCCUCUCUGCUGGAGACACGGCGCUUGCUGGACGAGGCCAGGCGCGCUGUCAGGGAGGCUGAGGGGCCGCAGGGUAGUGAUGAGGGGGAGGCGAGGCAGGCAGGGCCGGGUGAGGUGGGGGAGGAGGGCGGCCGAUACGGCAGGCAGCGUGGGUGGCUUUGUGGUGUGGUGUGGUUAUGCCAUCGUCUAUAG